UGAGAGUGUUUCACAAAGAUGCGUGCUGUGCGGUUCUCUCAUUUGUAUCAUAACAUUGUUAUUCAGGCUGGGGUACAGUUUUACUUUCUGAAAUGAAAACGCCAUACCGCUUGGAUCUGUUUGGUAUUUUUUUCUGUUUUUUAGAACUUGGCCUCUUUGAGACAUUUCACAAUAACUGUUUCCUUUCCUUUCUUAUUUUAUAGCUUUGAAGAAAGACGACACCACCUUUGACGAGAUAUGUGUCACAAAGAUGUCUACACGGAACUGCCAGGGAAUGGACUCAGUGAUCAAACCCCUGGACACAAUUCCUGAGGAUAAGAAAGUCAGGGUUCAGAGGACACAGAGCACUUUUGACCCAUUUGAGAAGCCCACCAAUCAAGUAAAGAGGGUGCACUCAGAGAACAAUGCCUGCAUUAACUUUAAGACUUCCUCCAGCGGCAAAGAGUCUCCUAAGGUUAGGCGGCACUCCAGCCCCAGCUCGCCGACAAGUCCCAAAUUUGGAAAAGCUGACUCAUAUGAAAAACUGGAAAAACUAGGGGAAGGAUCUUAUGCUACAGUAUACAAAGGGAAAAGCAAGGUAAAUGGGAAGUUGGUAGCCCUGAAGGUGAUCAGGCUGCAAGAAGAAGAAGGGACACCUUUUACAGCUAUCAGGGAAGCCUCUCUGUUGAAAGGACUAAAGCAUGCUAACAUAGUGUUGCUUCAUGAUAUCAUCCACACCAAGGAGACGCUGACACUCGUGUUUGAAUAUGUGCACACUGAUUUAUGUCAGUACAUGGACAAGCACCCUGGGGGGCUGCAUCCAGAUAAUGUGAAGUUGUUUUUAUUUCAGUUGCUGCGAGGGCUGUCUUACAUCCACCAGCGUUAUAUUUUGCACAGAGACCUGAAACCACAGAACCUUCUGAUCAGUGACACGGGGGAGUUAAAGCUGGCAGAUUUCGGUCUUGCAAGAGCAAAAUCGGUCCCAAGCCACACAUACUCCAAUGAAGUGGUUACCUUAUGGUACAGACCUCCAGAUGUCCUCCUGGGCUCAACAGAGUAUUCCACCUGCCUUGACAUGUGGGGAGUUGGCUGCAUCUUUGUUGAAAUGAUCCAAGGAGUUGCUGCUUUUCCAGGAAUGAAAGACAUUCAGGAUCAACUUGAACGAAUAUUUCUGGUUCUUGGAACGCCAAAUGAGGACACUUGGCCUGGAGUCCACUCUUUACCACAUUUUAAGCCAGAUCGCUUUACUGUGUACAGCUCUAAACACCUUAGACAAGCAUGGAAUAAGCUCAGCUAUGUGAAUUAUGCAGAGGAUCUGGCCUCCAAGCUCCUACAGUGUUCCCCAAAGAACAGACUAUCAGCACAGGCUGCCUUGAGCCACGAGUAUUUUAGUGACCUGCCCCCACGGCUAUGGGAACUGACCGAUAUGUCUUCUAUUUUUACCGUCCCAAAUGUAAGAUUGCAACCAGAGUCUGGAGAGAGCAUGCGGGCCUUUGGGAAAAACAAUAGUUAUGGCAAAAGUCUAUCAAAUAGCAAGCACUGAUGAGCACAGCGUCCUCAAGAGAGCACAGGAUUAAGUUGUCAUCAUUCUGGGAAGAAAAAAACAAAACACAUUAAUGAAGUGGCCAAUAAUAGGAAGGGAAUCAUGGAUCAGUUUCCUUUCGCUCCCUGUGGUGGAUUUCACUUACAAGAAAAUUGAAGCUGGCAAGACCCUGUUUUCUCUACAAUUUAUUCAAAACCUUGCACGCAUUUGGAUACCUUGUGAUUUCCAAGAACUAUGUGAAGAUUAAGCUUCGCUUACUGAUACAUGGCAUGUAUUCUUUUCAGUCUUUUGUGUUUGAUUUUGUUUGAUUUCCCUCGGCAGCGCAGCGUCUCUGUAAAGGUUUUUAUGCUUUUACCAACCAUGUCUUAAAUACAUUAAGACAACACAUUUGGUGUUCACACUUCUUCAGUAAUGUCUGUACUUGAAAGCCACACAGUGGCAUGAAACGAUGUGUGCUUUCCUGGAGACCAGUGCACAGUUUGCAACCACUAGGAAGGAAAUGUUUAGCUGAAGCAAACUCAUGUUCCCUGACUGACUUGACAACUCGGUUCCUGGCCGUGGGGCUCCACUUGUCGCCUACCUUUUGAGGACAUUUGCAAGUGUGAUUUUUUUUUUUUUCUUGGAAAUACCGCACAUUUAUCUAGGAUAUCAGAACCUGCUUAGCAUUUUCAAGCCACAUAGCAUGACUGUUUUCCAAGCUGGUUGGAAAUGGAGAAUCACGUAUCAAGCAUUAAAAACAGAGACAGGGAUAAAUUGCUUCCUUUUCAACCUCUGGAGACUGAGGUGACUUUUUACAUGUUUUCUGGGUCUUGUCAACAUCUUAUUUUUUCCAUCCACUCUUUGACACUUUGUGUUUUCUUAGUGGAGAAGAGAGUGAGGAACAGAAUGUUUAAAACUUGGGCCCACAGAAUGGGACUGGCUGGAUGAGCUCUGAAGGCCAUCAUUGCUCAUUAACAUUUAAGAAGCAAACUACAAAGUGAUCCAAAGUUAAAAAUCGGCUCAUUUACAUCAGAGCAACUUUAAAUUACAUUUUUUUAAACAUUCCAAGCUGACUUGAAGCCAUCAUUGGGUACCCUGACCUUAAACUGUCUCCUGGAAAAACUGUUUGAAUGCAGGUUUUAGAAGCAAUACGGGAGUCUUGCUUUAAAGAAUGGGAAAGGGAAAUAGAAAGGCCUGGCUUCCCUUCUUGAAGGAGUUGAGAGACCUUGGAGGGUGGAGGCGAGUAUGUGACAUGGAGAGAGAAGUGGGUUGGGCAUCUGUUGAGCUUUGAUCUGGAGGGAGAGCUGUCUGACGUGGGCUGUCUCCCAGGGGGAGAGGCCUCCCUGCAGAAUCCCAGAGUAUACCGAGGCUAAGGGAGUGGUUAAAUUCAUCUAAAGCAUGAAACCUAGUUCUUCAGGACACAAAUUCCUAUGGAAAUACUUCGUGUACAUUGUUUUACAUUUUCCUGUUAGAAAGAAGGAGAGACCAAGAACUUGAAAUGCAUUGCACUUUGGGAGAUCAAGUCUAGGAAUUAUGAGCCAGUUUGAUAAAGACUUUCUCUGAGAGUCGGGUAAGGGGAAGAGAUUUUCUACAGUUAAACCCAGUAUACCUAGGGAAUUGGACCCAGAAUUCCUAAACAUUAAAAUGGUACCUUCCCUGCAGUGGGAUGUGAGUAUAUAAUAUAUUCAAGGUCACAGUCCAUCCUAUCCAGAAGUAGCAUUCAUUGUAAGCCUCUAAGUGUUAAGCAAGGAAUUAUUUACUGAUUGAUAUUAAAGAGAGCAAAAGUUACCCAAGGCUAGAGUAUUUACUAUUUGCCGCCUAGAAAUCUUUCCAUUCUUCUUUCAUACAUUCCAACUCAUUGGUAGUCUUUAGAGGUAUUUUGAUUUAACGUGCAUUUAAAUUAGGAUUUCUUACAGUAAAUAUGGAGAAGAAAACCUUACAUGCAACUGAAAACAGCCUUGCCUGUGGUUUGUCUUGAAUGAGUCAUUUGGGGGAGAGGUGUAACUUUUGUAUUUUACUAAGUUUCAACCAAGAGCACCUGAUGAUUGUCUGGCUAUUUAAUAAGCUUUCUAACUUGAAAUUUUGAAAAUAUUUAGUGUUAAAAGACUUCCAUCAGGAAAUGUUAGAGUCAUUUAGAAAUAUAUCUCCGCUGCCCUAGGCAGCUUCUCUUGGGAAAUGAAACAUACUAGCACGCAGAGGGGGUAAAUCAGUUUUAUUACAGAGACAUACCUCUCAGAAGAUCUUGUUUAGGAACUUCUGGUUCCCCAUCCUUGCCAUCAGUACAGAACAUCCAAAGUUUGGUUUCUCUCUCCCUCCUUUCCUCUCCCAUUUGCGAUCGUGUCCUACCUCCCCUUUUCCCCCCCACCGUCUCUAGCUGAGGGCAGCCAUGAAAAAUCAUCACAGAAUGUGCUCAUGAGCAGAUUUAUUAUUCCAUUGAGAAAGCACUGGAAUGUUUUGAGAGAUUAUUUUUACAGGAAGGAGUAGCUUGAAUUCAAACAGCUGGACUAGUGAGAACACAUGAGCAUGGGGACGUAUCAAGGCAGCGUCCCUGCACACACAGUAUUCCGAGGGGAAACGUGGGACUUCAUGUCCAUGUUCUUAAAGGACCAGUGUGGUUGACUUACAAAUACAAGAUACGCAGGACAUGAAAAAAAAUGUUUGCAGUGCCCAGAGAAAAACGGGGGGCACAAAGCAAGGGUGGCUGUCCGCCCUCUGAUACAAGGGUGAGAAGCUAUUUCUACCUCGCGAGAGUGAUGAGAGAAGUUUCCAGGGGCGCCUCCAGGCUUGCAGAGAAAGCGAGGCCUCUGGGUAUCCUUUCCUCCGUGUGUACAUGACAGCCAGUGUAGUCCCUACCCUAGGUCAUGCAUCUGUAUAAGAUACUCAUCUGUGAAUAUUCCUGGUUUUGUAAUCUUUGUUAUAUAAGAGGAAGUUUAGGCUGUACAUACUGGGGUAGAUUAUUGCCUGCCCCCAUACAUAGGAAUAUGCUGCAUAAUUGUGCAUAACUUCCAUCUCCCUUACUGGCUUGUAGGCAGAGGAAACCACAUAUGUUACUGCCUUGCAAUCCUCAUACACCAAAAACAAAACAAGACAAAAAAAAAGCAAAAACAAAACAAAAAAAAUCUCAAAUAAAAUCAGCAAUCUCCUAUUCUCAUUCCCUUCCCACAGCAGCAUAUUUUAGAGGCACAUAUAAAAUCUACAUUCUCUAGUUGGGAGUGGAUUUUUUUUAAUUUUUAUUUUAUCUUUUUUUUUUCUGUAAGAUACACUGAGAUGCGUACUUUCGAACAGGGGGUCGGUACCUAAGAAAUGUGCUAGCAUCAUUCAGAAAACUAUUAUACUUCAAAAUAACACAUAGUAAGGAGAAUGGAAUAAUACAUGUUGCAUAUUUGUUACCAAUUGUAAUUUGUCUGUAUUAUGAAAGAUGUAAUGGUUUGUCAGCUGUCUCUGUUGUUUUCUUGUAACAUGAUAUGGAAUAAAAGAAUCUCUGUACA